GGAGGAGGAGAGGGGAGGGAAGGCAUCGCUCCGGGAGGCUGGCAUGAGUCGCCGGUGAGAAGAGAGCCAAGGGGGGAGAGAGGAAGGCGGAGGGCGGAGGGCGCAUGGCGGGCGCGCAGGUGCCCAUGUGCCAGGCCGUCCUUCCCACGCACAGCGACCAGCGUGGGCAGCUCAGCGCCGGGCAGCUCCUCCAGUGGAUGGACACCGCCGCUUGCCUGGCUGCUGAAAAACAUGCUGGCCUUCCCUGUGUGACAGCAUCGGUGGAUGACAUACGGUUUGAAGAGACUGCCAGAGUUGGACAAAUUAUCAGCAUUAAUGCAAAGGUAAACCGGGCAUUCACUACCAGCAUGGAGGUUGGUGUAAAAGUUACCUUACAGGAUCCCCUUACUGAUGUUCAGAAACUGAUUAGCAUGGCUUUCUCCACAUAUGUGGCAAGACCAGGCUGUAAUGAAAAGGUUGACUUAAAACCAGUCCACCUUCUCACUGCACAAGAUGUCAUAGAGCACACUCUGGCUGCUGAAAGAAGGAAGAUCCGACUGGCUCAUGGAGAUGUCCUGAAUGACCUGAUGAAGGAGUGUGGUAUAGAUGGUGGUCAAAUGUGCGACCAAGAGGAAGAUGUGCUUUCCACAGAUCUUACUCAUGUGCAGAGCACUGAACUUGUCUUGCCUCCUCAUGCCAAUCAUCAAGGAAACACAUUUGGUGGCCAAAUUAUGACUUGGAUGGAAACAGUAGCUGCUAUUUCAGCAAGUCGCCUAUGUCAUAUGCACCCAACUUUGAAAUCUGUAGAUAUGUUUAAAUUUCGUGGACCUUCUACUGUUGGUGACCGGCUAGUUUUCAAUGCUAUAGUUAACAAUACUUUUGAGAAAAGUAUUGAGGUUGGAGUUCGUGUUGAAGCCUACAACUGUGAGGAAUGGGGCAAAGGUCAAGCACGACAUAUCAACAGUGCCUUUCUAAUUUUCAAUAUUUUAAACAAACAUGGAGAAUCUCUCACUGUCCCCAGAGUAAGACCUACAACAGAGGAUGCUUUAAGGAGAUUCCAUGGAGCUAUUGCACGCAAGAAAAUUAGAUUAACCAGGAAAUAUGAUCUCUUGAAGAAGGAAGACAGUUGCAUCCCUGAAUCCUGGGACAGAGGCAAUCAAGUAAAUGUAAUCGAGAGCAAUGUUGCAGCACUGACAAUCCUGGCAGCAAAGUCUGGAUGGGAAAUAAACAGCACUCAAGACCAUGUAAAAAUGUUCACUCUAGAGGAGACGGAUGCUUUGUCAAUCAAGGUUGAAAUGCAAGUACAGAUACCAUCAAACCUCGCUUUUUAUAUUUUAUCGGACUUCACUCUCCAUAUGCACUGGGUUAAACAAUAUUUAACUUGUAAGCUCAUAGAGAGUGUGACAAAAGAGGACAAAAUUUACCAGAUUGCCUCCCCAUUAAUUCAUGAUUUCUCCAUUCUUGUAUCACAAAGAAAACCUUGUAGAACUGGGGACCCUUAUAUAAUAGCUGUGAAGCCAAUUGCCUUGAAAGCUUUCCCACCUUCUAACGAGAACCCCAGAAGUGGCAUCCAAUGUGCAGGAUUCCUGAUCUAUAGCAAUGGGAACUCCUCUUUGGUAUCUUGCUUCUUCCAAGGUACUCCUUGUUUUGCUGCAAAUCUUGUUGGCCUGUUGAAAUUAACUGAAGAUACAGCUUCCCUAUACAUUCACUUUUUAGAAUCGGAGAGCAAAAAGAUGAACUGCCUUUAGCACCACUGUUGAGUCCUGCUUUUGAGUCAUUGGCUUUGUUAAUACUAUUUGAGGUACUUGAAAAUGACUAACAGUCAUUCUAACUCUUCUAAAUGGACAAGCACAGUAAUGUUUACAAUCUUGCAAACGAUCUGCCAUGUAGUUUAUAAUCAGGAAUUUUAUUAUUAAACUGUCAUAGCACAAUGUGCCACAUGAUCCAAGUCUCCACUGAAUACUUGAUCUUUAAACACUUUAACAUGUCAUUAAUUAUUUUGGAUUCCUCAGAAUGUUUGUCAAUACAAUAUAUACUUUUAAUGUAAUGAAAGAUUACUGCUUUUCUAAAGUGUAUUGUAUGUAAGUAUACAUUUUUGUAAAGAAUUUAACCGUUCUGCUGUUCAUUUCAGUGGGUUAAACUGCUGAGCUGCUGAACUUGCUGACCGAAAGGUCGGCAGUUCGAAUCCAGGGAGCAGAGUGAGCUCCCACUGUUAGCCCCAGCUUCAGCCAAUCUAGCAGUUCAAAAACAUGCAAAUGUGAGUGGAUCAAUAGCGACAGCUUCGGCAGGAAGAUAAUGGUGCUCCAUGCAGUCAUGUUGGCCACAUCACCUUGGAGGCAUCUAUGGACAAUGCCAGCUCUUUGGCUUAGAAAUGUAGAUGAGCACCACCCCCCAGAGCCUGACACGACUAGACUUAAUGUCAAGGGGAAACCUUUACCUUUACCUUAAGAACCAAAUAUGGCUAGGUAUCAAAACAUGUAUUUUACGAUUUUGGAAUUGCAUUGCUUGGCAUCCUCUAUUGGUACAGAUUUCAACUCCCACCCCCAAGCAAAACAAUUUAAGUGAUUAGUUUUCAGUGUUUUGCAUACCUAUGGUUUGCAGAGCUAUACGGAAUUAUGUAGAAUGCACUUACAGACAAAUCCUAUCUUGUUCUUCAAUGUGAGAACCUCAGUGAAAUCCAAAUAUUUGGUGACAGGGACACCAACAGAAUGAAAUAGAGGGAGGAACAAUAAUUUCCUGCUUGCAAAAUCUGUGCAUUUGCCAUAGGUCAGGAACUCUCUUGAAAUCACGUUUGUGGGCUGGGCAGGCUGAGGCCAGGGUCUGCUAUUCCAGAUUUCCUCUAUUCCAGUGAAGAUAUUUAUUUACUACAUUUGUAUACCGCCCCUCUCAGCCUUCCGGCGACCUGAGGCGGUUUACAAGGCAAAAUUCAAUGCCAUAGAAACACAAGUACAAUAUAAAAACGUUAACAUCAAUAAAAUCAUAACAAUAAAACAUAAAUCAAUAAAUUCUCAUUAAAAACA